AUGGCGCUCCGGCUGAUCAACCCGAGCAGGAAGCCCCUCCUCCACGUGCCCCGCCCCUCCUCCUCCUCCUUCUCCUCCUCGUCCUCCUCCAACAACAGCCCUCCCUUCCCUCCCCCUCCCCCGCCGCCCUCCGACGACCCCGGCCACCCGCCCCCGAACCACGGCGAGGGCCCCCAGAGGCCGGCGGCGUCCUCGAUCUUCCUCGACAUCCGCGAGCGCCUCAAGUCGUCCCCGGCGCCGCCCCCGCCGCGCCGGAUCCCGGCCAACCCGCUCCGCCCCGGCGGGCCGCCCGCGGCCCCCUCCGUCGGCCUCGACGACAUCAAGCGCAGCCUCGAGUCCUUCCGCGCCGGCUCCCCCCGCUUAUCCGGCCCCGGCGUUGGCGGCGGUGUCGGCGGAGGCGCCAACCCGUCGUUCCAGGACUUGCUCAAGAACAGCGCCGCCUCCCCGGCGGGUCGCCCCCAGGGAGGAGGAGCCCCCAACGCCGGCGGCGGCAAGCCGUUCAGCUUCAGCUUCGAGUCCAUCCGCGAGAGCAUCCGCAAGAUCGACCCGCAGCAAGAGAGGCAGCGCCAGCCGCCUUUGCGGUUCCUGAACAACACCCCGGACAACAUCUUCGGGAGGGAGAUGCGCCAGAGGGCCGGGAAGCCGCAGCCCGGGGAGGGGAAGGAAGACGAGGACGCCGGCGUUUUUCUCGCUAAUGAAUACACUCCCGAACAGCUUGGGCAGAUGCUCAGGGAGCUCCGGCCGGCGGACGCAGGGAAGGACGGGAAGGAGUGGUUCUCUCUCCAGGAGCUGCAGGGGCGGAUCGCCAAGAUCGCGGAGAAGGAGAGGGGCCAGGCUGACCCGCGGUAUGGCGGCGAGUUUGGUUUGCUCCGGCAGACCUUAACGAGCCUCCAUAAAGAUCAGAAAGGGCAGAAGAAGCAUGUCAGCACUGUCCAGCAUAUGUCACUAUUUGCAAACAUCGGUGGAAAGCCGCUGCCGGAGUACAUGCUGAGCAAUCUUCCGCCGCAGGAGGAGUUGCUAGAGAGGUAUUUCCAUCCUGAUCACAUGUCAGGCGAAGAGAAGAUGAAAUUGGAGCUUCAGAAGGUCAGGGAUGAGUUCAAGAUGUCCGAGAAUGACUGUGGUUCCGCACGAGUUCAAAUAGCCCAACUGACACUAAAAAUCAAGCACUUGUCAUCCGUUCUACACAAAAAGGAUAAGCACUCUCGAAAGGGGCUCCAGGACAUGGUCCAGAGGAGGAAGAAGUACCUCAAGUACCUGCGCAGGACCGACUGGGACUCAUACUGCCUCGUCCUGUCAAAGCUGGGGCUCCGCGACACGCCCGAGUACAAGGCGGCCGACUACAAGAAGACCCAGCCGACGAAGGCGCAGUCGAAGAAGAGCAAGAGCAAGAGGAAGAGAAAGAUGAAGGCGUAG